GACUUUUCCGCUUGGUACUUGAAGGCAGCAGCAACCGCACUUGUCUACCCGUCAUGCACCGCGCGAGCAUACGAACAUAGCCAUCUUGUCACCGAGUCAGGGAAGUAAUAACAGUGCGGCUCUCGUUAGUAUAUCCGCGUUAUCCUAAAACAGUGACACUGCGACGUUUAUUUCUCCCUUUCCCUUGACCGUAAUUGCGUUUAUGGUAAGUGAGCGGUGAAGUCGUUGGACAGUGCGCUGGGGAGUGCUUUGGAGGAGAUGUCUCGCUUACUUGUUCCGACGUAGGGGGAGUGUGCUGCAGCCAGUUGGCUUGACUCGCUAGCUUUUUGCGAGGGCUGCGGGGCCCUCCUCAGCCCUCAAGUAGGCCCCUCCCGUAGCGGUGGUUCCCAUUCGGCCACAACGGCACCGACCGGGGGACACUAGCAGGCAAGGCAGCCAGCCAGCCCGUCCCCGGACUUUGACACAACUCCGUCCGGCGUUUGGACAUCGUCUGCGUCGUGAACCGCAUCCGGGGACCUGAAAGGGAUGGCGCAGAUUCACCUCAGUUACUCUUAAUCCUGAAAACUUAUCACAGUGUGGCGUUUGGUAACUCUUUGAUCAAUUCUGACCCCAUAAAACCACACCACCGCCUGAUGGACAGGACGUAAAUUUGCCUGCGGAGUAAUUGUCAGCCUCUCCUUUUCUGGUGGAGCAGGAUAUAGGCACACUCAAGGUGAGGAAUCGGCCUGCCACUAUGUCGAAAAUGCCAGCCAAGAAGAAGAGCUGUUUCCAGAUCACAAGUGUUACUCAGGCACAGGUGGCUGCUAUCGGUGCCGCGGACGACACAGAGAGCCUAGAGGACCCGGAUGAGUCCCGCGCCGAGGAUGUGUCGUCAGAGAUGUAUGACGUUUCCCGGACUGAGUAUGAGGCCGCAUGUGACAUGAGUUUGGCUGAAGAAGUGCUGAAUAAUGUCGGGGAGCCAGAAGCGACGGGAGUCGUGGCGUCGUCGCAUUUACCUCACUUCUCUGUGGUGUCAGUCAGUCCCUUGGGGGAGUUUCGGAAAGCGCCGGUGCUGGCUCUUGGCACACAACAACAGGCUGCCCCGACAUCCAGUCCCGGUCCUGUAAUUGUGUCUGUAAAUGUACCUCAACCCGCUACAGUGGCCAGUCCAGGUCCUCCUGCCCCUGCCGCCUCCACAGUGACUUGUACUUCCCGUUUCAGGGUCAUCAAACUUGACCACGGUACUGACGAACCCUUCCGAAGAGGCCGGUGGAUAUGUACAGAGUUUUACGAGAAAGACUCAGAUGGUUCUGUAGUGAAUCGAACUGUUGAUGGCAUGAAGCGAGACGCCAGCGUGACAUCUGAGGUUGCUGUGGACAAAGACAGUGGGCUGGGGCAGACUGGUGGCUCUGUGGUUGCCCCGGUAACGCACACAAAUCAGGCCCCCGGUGCUUCACCGGGGGUCACCCGCAUGCAUCCGGCGGAGACGUCGGCGCAGCAGAACUUCAUCACCCGGCAACAUGCUGUCAGCGGGUCUGUCCCGCAGAUUGCGCUCGCCAGUAGCAAGCCCACAUCUGUCCCAGUCCAGCCUGCGGUGGCAAGCGUGCAGCCUGCCGCUCCCCAGAGUGUCGGCAACGGAUUGCCUCAAUUGCAGAAGUCCCCCGUCUUGCCUCCAUCAACCCAGACGCAUACUUAUCAACUUUCCGUGGGACAUGACGUACCUGUCCAGAAACUGAAUGAAUUCUAUCAACAGCAGUCAGGACUCGCUGGCGGUCAGUCACUGUCAGUGUCUGGACAGUCAGCAGGGCCACAGUCAAUGGGACAAGCAACGUCUCCCGCUAUGCCUCAGGGCUCGGCGGGAGUUUCCACCCCCGGUCAUUUUGGGGACGUCGCUGGCGGAGGAAAGGGAAUACCCGGACAGAUAGCUCAGAGCCAGACCGGUGGAAUGGCAAGCGUCGCGGGCUCGGCACUGGCUGGUGGAUCUGCUCACGGUCAGUAUGCUGCCACUGGACAGCCCAAAGCCCACGCCGUCCACCCCACAGCUGAUGGUGUACAAAAUGUGCCUGUCACUGCAGUGAGCUCCAGCGUGGCCCCCGCUGUGCCUACUGCUGUGCCCAGUGCCUCCGCUGCAGCCGUGCCAAAGGUGACAGCCGCUAGUUUGACUCCAGGUCAGGUGAGCCAAGGCAAAGCAGCAGGUGCUUUGGCGGGUCACAGCCUCCUCGCAACUGGAUUUGGACAGGUAGAGGGAGGCGGUGUGAGGAAAUUGGAUGGGGUUGUCAAUGCCCAGUCAUUUAGGAAGGAUCUGGUGAAGCCCCUCAUGCCCGAGACCCUGCAGCUCGCCACUCCAACUGUCAACAGCCUGUUUGGAAUCCACAUACCUGUCGACGGGGAUGAGGAGAGGAACCCCUCCAAGGCUUUCUACAAGGCCUUCCAGUCUGGCACCAGAUUAAGGGACUCAAAGGCCCACAGUGAUAGUUCCUCUGGAACCAAUAUUGUUGCCAUUGAUAAUAAAAUAGAACAGGCCAUGGACCUGGUGAAAAGCCAUCUGAUGUACGCUGUGCGGGAGGAGGUAGAGGUCUUAAAGGAGCAGAUCAAAGAGCUCUUCGAGAGGAACUCUGUGCUGGAGCGCGAGAAUGCCGUGUUGAAAUCUUUGGCCAACAGCGAGCAGCUCUCGCAGCUUCCCGCCCAGUCGGCGGGCCCUUCGACCGGCCCGACUGCGCAGCCGCCCCAACAGCCUGCGGCCGGGCCUCCGCCUCAAGCGCAGCCUCCGGUCCAGCCUCCGGUCCAGCCUCCGCUCCAGCCUCCGCUCCAGCCUCCGCUCCAGCAGCAGCAGCAGCAGCAGCAGCAGCAGCAGCAGCAGCAGCAGCAACAACAACCCAUGGUCCUGCAGACUCAUCCUCAGCUCGACGCAAGCCAACAGCAACCCAACGUCACCUCUGCUUGAAAACCCGCGCUACGGUUGUGGACGACCACAAGACACGUUACAAUUACAGUCAACCCCCGCUGGAAUCACGAUGGAGCCCUGCCAACAAUUGUGAUGCCAAACCAAAACUUCAAAUCUCACUUGAAACUAAUUAUUGCCCAUAAAAGUAAAAAGUUUA